AUGAGCGACAAGGAAGCCAAGAAGAAAGAGAAGGCCGAUCAGAAGGCCGCGGCCAAGGCGUUGAAGAAGGCCGACAAAGAGAAGAAGAAGGAGCAGCUGCUGCUAGAAAAGGAGAGGAAGAAAAGGGCAGGCUUCUUCGCGGCGAAGCGUUCGUCCACCACCAACUUCACCAACAACAAUGCACCAGCGUCAGGGGGCAAACCUCUGAGCGCUCUUGAAAGGGCCUUGAUGUCGAGGCCUGGUGAACAAGAGCUCGUUGCCAAGGGCGUCAUCAAAGCUACACGCAACAUUCCCGUUUUUGGGGUCCCCCUGCCCCACGUGAUGUACAUCACCUACACCCAGUUCCAGCUCCCCCUGCCCGUAUGGCAAUAUGUUGAUCGAAUCGUCACGUGGUGGAAUGGGCCAGGCCAUCACUUGAUGACGGAGGGCAUCUUCCGAGUUCCGGUUCGGCGGAAGAGGUGA